UAGAAAUGGAAAAAAGAAAAAGAAAGAGAUUGGAAGAUUUAAAUGAAAAGCUAAACAUGAACUUAUUUUAAGGAGGAGGAUAAUAUUUAUAAGGAGUUCAAAUUGGAAUGUGGAGAAUAGUUGGAAGUUUAAUUAUUCUAUUUAAUCUUUUAGUGAAUGUUAAAUAAUAUUUAAAGGAUCCUAUUAUGAGGGAAUAAAAUAAGAAAGAUGGGAUACUUAUGUAUGUUAAGAUCCAUUAAGAUAAACAACAUUAUGGUAUUUAUAGAUACUCAAUUUAUAAGUGGACAAGGAUAUUAUAAUACAAAAGGUUUAAAAGAUGGUCCCUGGAUUGAUUUAUUAGAAAAUAUUUGGAAGUAUUUAUAAACAAUAAAAAUAGUCCUUAAUAAAGUUUGA